ACUUUCUGAAAAUGAUUAGCCAAAGAACACCAUGUCCCAUAAUUCAAAGCGCUGUAUUGACAUGCAACGAUGGCGGCUUCCACUGUCAAUGUGGAAAAUAUAACAGGACUCUUAGAGGACCAUUUAUCAAAACUUGGUUUUGAAGUCUACCCUCUAAAGGUUGGAUGGUAUAACUCUUUGCUGCCUGCAAACUUUCACCUGGCCUACCCAGAUGACACCCUGGCUGUGGUGGUGCUCAGCACCCCUUCCAUGUUUGAACAAGCUUUCCUGCCCUUCAUGGAGCAGAGGGGCUGCCAGGUGCAGUCUGACCCCAUAGACCAGUGUGUCAAACACUGUGUGUCCUCUGCUGUCUCCCAGUGUUUUCCAGGGCAGCAGGUGGAUGUGAGGUACGACUACGAGCUGCUUCCCAGCAGAAAGCCGAAGUUCUUGGCGCAGACUGCGGCUCAUGUGUCUGGAGCAGCUUUCUACUACCAACAGUCUGAUGUCACAGACCAGCCCUGGGAGAAAAAAAAGAUGUUUGGAGUGUGUGUGCAUCGGAGGUUCGGGGGCUGGUUUGCCAUCCGAGCCCUGCUGGUGUUUGCAGGUGUGACGGUGGGCUCUGAGACGAAGCAGCCUGACCCUCCGGACUGUGUGCCCUCCAGAGAGGGCAGGAUACAGCUGCUGGAGGCUUUCAACUUCCACUGGCAGGACUGGGGCUACAGAGACAUCAUCCCACCUGUCCAGACCUACUCUCAGAAACAGAGGGACUACUUUGGCACUCCUCCGGCUCAGCGGUUUGCUCUGCUGAAGAGUUGGGGCUUCCUGCCAGAGGAAAACAAUCAACCUGAUCCAACCCCAGACACACAGAGCCAAAUGAGUGGACACGGCUGAAAGAGGGCAGCACUUGCAGCGCGGUCCAUCCUCUCCGUCCAUCCACUGCAGGAAAGACUUUUAAUUACAUUUUGAUUCAACUUGAGCCAAGGUGGGAUGUUGAUCUAAGUUUCUAAGGUUUUGGUAACAGUUAUUCUAAGUCAGAAGGGAGACCGCUUAAAGACUUCAUCUGAACAUUUGUUGCUUUGUGGCCUCUGUAUGAUGAGUUUCAUCACAUGUUAACACUACUGAUUGAAGCCAGCUGCUCUGUCGUGGUGUCCUCUCUUGGAAACGUGAAGAUACUGACGUGAGUAUAAAAGUGUUGCUGUUUGAGACUUAUGAGUGUGUUUAAAUCAAAUGUUUUGAGGGGUUAUUUUAAAGAAUGCUCUUUGUGUCCUUGCUGCUUCUCCCAUGGUAUGAAAAACAAACUGUAGAUAUUCAAGUAGCAACAGUGACUUUUACUCCAUAUCAACUUAAAAGGGGCUUGAGAAGCCUUGUAUCACCAGUCUGCCUCCAAUUUGUUAUCCGUAUCUCAAUGUGUCCUUGAUCACAAUGACAAUAAACCCUCUUAUUUUUUGACUUGU